AGCGAAUCGAACGUGGCUGGACCUGUAGAUGGACACAGGAGGGCUUGACAGCUGAACCUUUCUGUCCCUAGCAAUGCAGCUAGGACGUCGAGCAUCAGCUCUGGCGCGAAAGGAGCUUGGCAGACGAUUCUUUGCUUCUCGCCCUUCAUUGGCCUCACAGCACCCCACAGGCGACAGCCGGGGCGACCAACGACGCCUGUUUGAGCUUGCCGCUGGAGCUGGCGCCCUCCUGUUUGCUGUUGGUGGAGCGGCAGCCUACGCCCGGCGCUCACGUCCCUCCAGGUGUGAAGAAGCAGUUGCUGCGGGCACCAAAACCGACAAUCUGCAACUGGUACAAAACGCUCAAGGGAAUGGACAAGUCGAACGAAGUGUGUCACCACUCUGCGGUCGUCGUUGUGUGUGUCCUUUUUGUGCACCCUGAUAUCAGGCACACCGUUUCCAUGAUAGUACCUCCCCGUCCCACGUGUCACUCCCCAUCCCGACCCUCCCCCCUCCCCCAUCAUCCACCGUGACGCUUGUGACGGCCGACGGCCCGCCCUCGCCCAAGGCGGGGGAGUGGAUAAAGGGUCUGCCUGAGUACAGCAAGGAGCAGGUGGCCGAACACAAGACGGCCGACAAACGGAUAUGGGUCAGCUAUAAGGACGGAGUCUAUGGUGAGGCCAGCUGACUUCGGGAAAGUGAAGACAAGAAGCCGGCGAGAUUGAUGGGCUGGAUUGGAUGGCUGUGUGUGUGGCUCUUUCCUCUGGUGUGUGUGCAGAUAUCACUGGUUUCAUCGACAAGCAUCCCGGCGGUGCUCGGCGGAUAUCGUUGGCUGCCGGCGGCUCCAUCGAGCCCUUCUGGGCCAUGUACCAGCAGCACAACAAGCCAGAGAUACUCGAGAUGCUCGAGGAGUAUCGCAUCGGUCGGUCGGCCUGUAAACAUAAUGACAAACACAUGCACAUCCCCGAUUGUCUGCUCAGGCAACUACCUGAGACCGGCCGACAGUCCCAGUGUCGACGACCUUCGUACCACGGCAGAUGGUACGCAUAGCGGACAGAGAUACGUUCCUGUGUCACAUCGACAUGACAUUUCGCUGUACGCCUUUCCUCACACCUCAGACCCAUACCGCAACGAGCCCUCCCGCCAUCCGGCGCUGAAUGUGGUGUCUGAGCGGCCCUUCAACGCAGAGACCCCCGUGGCCCUCCUCGCCGACCACUUCAUCACCCCAAAUGAGGUCUUCUUCGUCCGCAACCACCUCCCCGUCCCCACACUCGAAGGCGACGGAUACGAGGUGCAGAUUUCCGGACUGGGCUUCCAGGGGCCCCUCAACCUGUCACUCAACGACCUCAAGACCAAAUUCCAGAAACACACGUACGGACGGCAGAGAGAGGGAGGAAUGCCCGAGGGGCAGUGGGGCAAAGAUGUGUGUUGCAUGGCCACAGGGUGACGACGACCAUUCAGUGUGCGGGCAACCGGCGGCAUGCGUUCAACCAGGUCAAGAGCGUCAAGGGUCUGAAUUGGGGCAAUGGGGCCAUCGGCACGGCAGAGUGGAGCGGCGCGUCGCUGCGCGACGUCCUGUCUUACUGCGGUGUGUACGACGAGCGGGCCAGGCUCCUCAAGGCCAAACACGUCCAAUUCGAGGGAUGGUAUGGAUGCAUUCACGUGGCCGAUGUGUGUAUACUGCCGGUGCACGUUGAGUCCUUUCCUUGUGUUAAUGUCUGGCAGGGAUGAGGAUCUGUCGGGCUGCCCCUAUGGCGCGUCCAUACCGCUCGAAAAGGCCAUCUCAGAACACGGUAAGAUGAGGGCACCGCACCAACCCACCGGGUCGUUACGUCUUUUCCCUCAUCUUUGUGUGUCAUUGCUGCAGGUGAUGUGAUUCUGGCCUACGAGAUGAACGGCCAGCCGCUGCCGCGCGACCACGGCUUCCCUCUGCGCGUCAUCAUCCCUGGUGUGGUGGGUGCACGGCAGGUUAAGUGGCUGCGGAAGGUCAUCAUCAGCGAGGAGGAAAGCCAAAGUUUCUGGCAGCAGAACGACUACCGGUGGGCGUGGCGUCUAUGCAUGCUGCUAUUCAUCCAUCCACACCACACACGUCUGUCACCCCACCGUGUUCUGUUCUAUGACUGUGUUGUCCCUUCAUGGAAUGCAGUGUCUUUUCGCCUUCUGUGGAUUGGGAUCGUGUCGACUGGCGUAAGGCGCCCGCCAUCCAGGAGUACCCCGUGCAGUCGGCCGUGUGCGACCCAAUGGACGGCAGCAUCGUCCCACCAGACCAGGAAGACGUCACCGUCAAGUGAGCUGACCUAGCCAAAAACAUGAAUGGCACCAGCUGUCGAUGACUGUGUGUGUGUGUGUGUGUGUGUUGUGGUGUUUGUCGCAGGGGCUACGCAUGGAGCGGUGGCGGCCGCGCGAUCAUCCGCGUUGACGUGACGAUUGACGGCGGCGUCACGUGGCACGAGGCCAACCUGCGAUGCAGAGACAAGAGAUGCCACCUGAGGGUGAGCAGAGCGAGACACACAACACAAACGCAUCAAUAAUGAGUGCAUCCAUCCUUCCUCUCCCUGCAGACGGACAGCUCAUACGAGGAUGCGAGCAAGGCCGCGUCCGAGCCUGCAGGCGAUGAAGAAGAUGACGAUGAGGACGAUGAGGUGUUGGCGCAGGAGGCGUCGGACUUCACCACACGGCCCGUCGACAAGGCGUGGGCAUGGGCACUCUGGGAGGCACACAUCCCAGUCCCGCAAGAACUACGCGGCAGAGAGGUACAAUGAUGCACUGUCGGGCGUCAGCACGGUGUUUCUGUGGUAUAUUUAUGAGUAUCCCAUUUCCUUUAUGUGUCAGCUUGAGAUCUGUUGCCGUGCUGUCGACGCCAGCUACAAUGUGCAGCCCGAAUCUGUCAGCGCCAUAUGGUGAGGGAGCACCUACACCUACUACUCGCGGUGCGGUAUUGUUGCUCGGUUCUGGCUGGGCUGUGUUUGCAGGAACCUGCGAGGGUGUCUGUGCAAUGCGUGGGACCGAGUGAAGGUCAAGUGCACAACGGCCACUGCAGAGGCCGUGGCUGCGGCGGCUGCUGUGGGGGUGCCUGCAGCCGCAUGAUGACGGAUGUGGCACGCUUACAGAGAGAGCGUCACUCUUGCUGUCUUUUGUUUCUGAAUUGUUUCCUCCUAUCUGUCUGUCUACCGAUGGAUCGGUCUGUGAGCGAGUUGCGAGUGAGAGCAGGCCCAAUUCACACCUGUACAGUAGCUGCAAAGAAAGCCACACAGUGACAACACCAUCCCAUCUGUGGGCGAGUAGUUGCCCAUCACACACACGUCGUGUCGUAUAUGUUGUGCUGGGGGUGGGGGUGGGGGGCUUUUUCAUUGUCAUGCUGGCGGCGCUGUCGUU